UCUCUCUGGAACCCAAAGAAAUGACGUUUGCAGCAGCCGGGGCCAACCUCAAUCCUAAAACUGUGUAUCAUAUUGCGGGAAUUCCUGUCGAAUUCCCGUACAAGCCGUACGGGACGCAGUUCACCUUCAUGUACAGAGUCAUAUCAACCCUGGAUCGAGCUCAGAAAGACGGACAUUGUCACGCCUUGCUCGAGUCGCCCACCGGUACCGGCAAAUCGCUAUCGCUUCUGUGCUCCACUCUGGCCUGGCAACAGAAGUAUAAGCUCAAGAAUCUCCAAGGCUGUUUGUCUCACUCCACACCUGCACCGGAGGCCACCACCGAUCCUCUCGGUCACGGCGGUGGUUUUAUCCCUGAAACGCAACCUUCAAGCGUUCCACCAUCAGGGAUUUCAGAGCCACCUCAACAAUCAGCGAAUGGCAAGAAUAAGAAGAAAAAGUUGGCUCCUACGAUAUAUUAUGCUUCGAGGACACAUUCACAAAUUUCUCAAGUGCUUCGUGAAUACAGGAAAACUUCUUACCGAGUGCCAAUGGCAGUAUUGGCUUCAAGGAAAAAUUAUUGCACAAAUCCACAUGUUCUUGGGAAGGAGAAUGUUGAUGAAGAAUGCAAGCUGCUUUUGAGCAAUCGAGAGGAAGGAUGUUUUGAAUUUAAAAAUAUGCAUAAAGUCAAAUGUCAUCCCUCACUUCAGAAAGGAGGCUGCCAUGAGGUCCAUGAUAUUGAAGAUCUUGUCAAAGUUGGACAAAUAGUUAAAGGAUGUGCAUACUAUGCUGCACGUUCCAUGGCUGAUGAUGCACAAUUAGUUUUUUGCCCGUAUAGCUACAUCAUCAAUCCUGUUAUUCGAGGAGCAAUGGAUGUAGACAUUAAAGGGGCCAUUAUAGUUCUUGAUGAAGCUCACAAUAUAGAGGAUAUUGCUCGCGAUGCUGGUAGUGUGAAUCUUGAAGAAGAUGCUUUGCUCAAAUUGCAGAUGGAACUAGAGCAGCUCUACAUGAUCGACGCCACAAUUUACCAACCACUGUAUGAAAUGACACAGGACCUAAUAGGUUGGAUUGAGCAGAGGAAAAGCACAUUAGAAAAGCAUGAAUUUCAGCACUACUUCUCCUCCUGGACUGGUGACAAGGCAUUAAGACAACUGCAAGAAGCUAACAUUUCACAACAAUGCUUCCCCAUCUUGCUAGAUUGUGCAACAAAGGCAAUCAAAGCUGCUUCAGAUACAGAGUCCGCCGAACCUCAUUUAAGUGGCAUGUCUGUCAUAACCUUGGAAGGGCUGUUCUCUUCACUGACAUAUUUCUUCUCAAGGAAUGGUUCUCACAUAUUUGAUUAUCAGCUUGCUCUGCAAAGAUAUGUUAAAAAGGAUGGCAAAAAUGCUUUUGGCAGUUGGACAUGUUCUUUAAGUUUGUGGUGCUUGAAUCCAGCGGUUGUUUUCAGAGACAUUGCUGAACUUUCAUUGUCUGUCAUUUUAACAUCUGGGACAUUGUCACCAAUGAAUUCCUUCUCAUCUGAACUUGGAGUUCAGUUUGGAAACUGUUUGGAGGCUCCUCAUGUUAUUGAUGUUAAAUCCCAGGUGUGGUCUGCUAUAAUCUCCCAUGGUCCAGGUAAUAAUCGAUUGGAUGCAACUUACAAAACAGCAGACACAUAUGCUUUCCAGGAUGAACUCGGCAAAUCCUUAGAAGAAAUUUGCAAGAUUGUUCCAGGUGGCUCUCUGAUUUUUUUCCCUAGUUACAAGCUGAUGGAGAAACUUUGCAAGCGUUGGCGUGAAACUGGCCAAUGGUCACGGCUUAAUGCAAGAAAGCACCUUUUUGUUGAGCCAAGAGGAGGUAAUCAGGAAGAAUUUGACACUGUUCUGAAAGGUUAUUAUGAUUCAGUGUCUCGAGGCAAGAAACCUGGUCUUGGGAGAAAGAGAAGGAUUGAAAAAGCAGAUCACAAUGCAAUUGAGUCCACAGAAGUUACUAACCGUGAAGGUGCUGCUUUUCUUGCAGUUUUCCGAGGAAAGGUCUCAGAAGGCAUAGAUUUUGCUGAUGAUAAUGCUAGAGUGGUGAUAGUUGUUGGCAUUCCCUUUCCAAAUAUAAAUGAUAUUCAGAUUGCUUUAAAGAAGAAAUAUAAUAACACUUACAAAUCAUCUAAAAACCUUCUCAGUGGAAGUGAGUGGUACUGCCACCAAGCCUUCAGAGCUCUAAAUCAAGCUCUUGGACGCUGUAUACGUCAUAAAUUUGACUAUGGAGCCAUCAUCCUAUUAGAUUCACGUUUUCAAGAAGAAAAGAAUAGAGAGUACAUUUCAAAGUGGCUAAGGCCAUCCAUUAGAAGCUACAAAAGUUUUGAGAAGUCAUUAGAGGAGCUAAGAUCAUUUUUCAGAGAUGUCAAGGACCUGGUUAGCAAGAACAAGCAACUACUUCCUUUGGCAAAAUACAAUGCCACCUUUCCCCAAAUGAAGCCUCAAAUUGAUCUUGCAAUUCAAACAAGUGUGCAAGUAGAGAAGGACAAGAAGACAUGCAUGGAAUAUAUUGAUCUAGAACGUAGCUCUCCAAAAGAUUCCCGGUGUUUGCAGACUUUACCUAUGACAUUUUCCAAUGAAGAUCCAGAUUUACUCAUGGUCAAGGAAACACCUUUUGUGGAUUCCAGUAUCUCUCUUGCUAGUCCUAGUUCGUUAUCUAAGGAUGGGAACUCUGGUUCAACUAUAAUUCAGGCCUCAACUAAGUCUUCGGAUCAAUUUUUAAUUCAUCCAAUGUCUUCAACAAGCCUGAAUGAAGUUCCUUCCACUUAUGACUCUGUGACAAUGUUCACCCCUGAAAAAGACGUCAAUCAAAACACCUCCAGCCUGAUACCAAAAAUAGAAUCACCUUCAAAUCUUAGUGUUUGUUCUUAUAUUCAUAAAAGGAGCGAAUCUAUGGGUUCACCUUUCAUUAACCUUGAUAAUGAAGAAGGAACUGAUACUCCUCCACAAAUUCCAGGUUCUAUGAGUUUCAAGAAUAACUUACUAGCGAACAGGCGCAGAAUUGAAUUUGGUUAUGAGACUUGUUCAGCAGAAAACAAACCCAAGAAAUCAAAUGUUCCUCAGUCAUUGGCAACCGACAAUACUGUUUUUUCUUGUCCUACUAUGGAUAAAAGAUUACAAAUUUCUUGUUUACUCUGCAGAAGCCCUUUAGGCCGCCCUGAAAAUCAUCUGUAUCUCAGUUGCUCGUUGACUGUGUCAUCAAAAGUUUACCUGUUAUCUCUUAUAAAAGAGAGAUUCAUUUGUUGUGCUUCAAAUACACUAACAACUGUACCAGUUAUAAUAACUGACAUUUCAUCGGUUGAUCUGAGACUCUGCAAUAGAACUCUUGGAGGUGACAGAGGACAGGGCAUUUGGCAUGAAGAUGAUGGGUGUGUAUUCAAUAAUGUCUUUUGCCCCUUCUGCAGUAGCUGUAACAAUUGUCUUGGUGUGCAAAUCAAAGCAGCUGAUGAAAACAAUGUUAAGUGGCUAAACAAGAUACUGCUUUUCACUGAUUGUGUGGAAAUUAGAAAUACUGAAGCAGCAGAGGACAAGGCAGCAAAGGAUAAAGAUUUGUCGCAGGUUGAUGCCUCAACCAUGGACAAGACUGCCAUUUUAAAUUCCAUUGAUAAGUUUGCAUAUUCUCCUAAGCAGCCAGACUUGGGAGGGUGGAGGACUACAAAAUCAAAGCUAAAACUUUCUAAGAGGAGGGGUUAAUGAUAGCUUUACCAUACUAAACUCUUCGGUUUUUUGUAAAGCCUUGCUUAAUGAGAUGUUGGUUCUUGCAAGACGUACAUUUUGGUGGAUUGACCGUCUCGGUCCUAUUUUUAUACCUUAGAGCAAAACCAGCUGGAGCAACAGGUAUAUUCUUCCUGGCCUAAUUUAUGAAGCUGAGGUUGCUGUCUGUUGAUAAGCCGUUUGAUAGGACAUUUGUUGUGGUAUUGGUUUUGCUCUCAUAGUUUUGUAGUUCCAGAAUGGAUAUGACCUGUAUAUUUCUCUAGGGAGUUUUUUGAUUUGUAUAUAUAGAAAUGAUUUACGAGGCCACAAGAAUGCAAGAUGAAUUGUUUCAUCAACUGAAGGUGUAAAUGUCAUUCGAUAUCAAAGUAUUUGCUUA